AUGGCGUCGGCUUGGACUAUGGCGGACCGCGAUGGCUACCUGGACCAGAGCCAAAAUCAUAAUCAAAGAGACCUCUACACCCAACUCGCCAUCUCCAUUGCUCUCGGGUUCUUCGCCUUUCUCGCCUUUUGUUUCUUGAGACCAAGAUGGACAUCUCUCUAUGCUGCGCGGAAAAAGCAGAAGAAUGCAGCCUCCACUCUCCCAGAGCUCCCAGACACCUUCUUUGGAUGGGUCCCAGCUCUUUAUCGAAUUACCGAAGAUCAAGUACUUGCUUCGGCCGGUCUUGAUGCUUUCGUAUUUCUUCACUUCUUCAAGAUGGCCACCAAGUAUAUAACAAUCACCCUCUUCUUCUCACUCGUUGUCCUAUUACCAAUACACGUACACGACACAGGCGACUAUGGCCUGCCUAAAUCAGGGAAUCUUGGAAAUCACACAGCCAACAGGACCUCUACCUUCGGGGCCUAUGGCAAUGUGUCUCCAUUGCUGGAGAUAGCAGGAUCAGGGAAGGCUACGAAGGGCGAGGAUAAGCCGACUGACUUGAUGCUCUGGAUCUACGUGGUCUUCGUAUAUCUUUUUUCUGCCCUUGCCCUAUACCUCAUAACCACAGAGACCAAAAAAGUCAUUCGCAUCCGCCAGGACUACCUUGGCAGCCAAUCCACGGUCACAGAUAGGACCAUCAGGCUCUCUGGUAUACCCGAAGAACUACGCUCGGAGGAGAUGAUCAAGGAAGCGAUUGAAAAUCUCCAAAUUGGUAAAGUGGAAAGCGUCUUAUUAUGCAAGGACUGGAAAGAGCUGGACGAUCUUGUCACGCGCAGAAUGAGCAUCUUGCGGAAGCUCGAAGAGGCUUGGACCGUACAUUCGGGACGACCAAAACAUGCGGGCAAUAGGGUCCUACUCCAAGCCUCUGGAGGAAACACAGACCACGUCGAUGAGUCUGAUCAUCUUCUCGAUGGUGACAAUGACGACCAGCCUCACGUGGAUACGGCUACAUCAGAUCGUCCGAAGACACGGAUAUGGCACGGAUUCCUGGGUCUACAAAGUCGACGUAUCGAUGCUAUCGAUUACUAUGAGGAGAAGCUCCAUAAGCUAGACGAGAAAAUCCAGUCAUCUCGCAAGAAGGUCUACAAACCCACUCCACUGGCCUUUGUCACACUGGACUCGACUGCUGCAGCACAAAUGGCUGUACAAGCUACGAUGGAUCCCGAGCCAAUGAAACUGCUUGCUAACGUUGCCCCAGCACCAUCGGACGUGGUAUGGCAUAACACGUAUCUUUCAAGAUCCAGUAGGAUGCUCAGGGCAUGGUCCAUCACCUUGGUGAUUGCUAUCCUCACAGUCUUCUGGUCUUUACUUUUGGUCCCUCUUGCUGGACUGCUAAGCCUCGAAAACAUUGGCAAGGUCUGGCCACAGCUCGCGGAUGCCCUCUCCAGCCACGACAUUAGCAGAUCCUUGGUCCAACAAGGUCUUCCUACACUACUUAUCUCCCUCUUAAGUGUGGCUGUACCGUAUCUUUACUACUGGCUGUCAACGCUACAAGGCAUGAUGUCGCAAGGUGACGUCGAAAUGUCGCUGAUAUCCAAAAACUUCUUUUUCACCUUUUUCAACCUUUUCGUCGUCUUCACCAUCUUUGGGACGGCGUCAAAUGCUCAGGCAUACUUCAGCCGCAUCGGAGAUUCUCUCAGAGACACCACUAGCAUCGCAAUUAUCCUGGCCACUUCCUUGAAGAAUCUCGUCCUAUUUUACAUCAAUCUGAUCAUCCUUCAAGGGCUUGGGCUGUUCCCCUUCCGAUUGCUCGAGUUCGGCAGUGUCGCAAUGUAUCCGAUCUUCUUGAUAGGUGCUAAAACCCCUCGAGAUUACGCAGAAUUGGUCCAGCCGCCUGUCUUCAGCUAUGGCUUCUAUCUUCCUCAGACCAUACUCAUAUUCAUCAUUUGCAUCGUGUACAGCGUCCUGCCCGGCUCCUGGCUGGUCCAAUUAUUUGGCCUGCUUUAUUUCAUCAUCGGAACUUUCAUCUACAAAUACCAGCUCCUCUACGCGAUGGAUCACCGUCAGCACUCGACCGGUCGAGCAUGGUCUAUCAUUUGCAAUCGCAUCGUACUGGGCCUUGUCGUCUUUCAGCUUGCGAUGACUGGUAUUCUGGGUUUAAGUCUGGCAGUGUACCGCGCCAUCUUGAUCGUCCCUCUGCUCGCAUUCACAAUUUGGUUCAUGGUCUUCUACCAACGCACCUAUGACCCAUUGAUGAAAUUUAUCGCUAUCCGCAGUCUCACUCAUGACCCGCCUUUCGGAGCGUUGGCCCACGGCGAGUCAAGGUACGAGAGUGAGACCUCGAGGGGUCGCGAUGUCGAUGAGGACCGGGAGACAGGCCUGCGCUACAUCAAUCCUAGCUUGGUCACCCCCUUAGAGGAUGUCUGGCUUGCAAAGAAGCGGACGAAUGGUUCGUCUCGGCAUGGUAAUCAUGGUGCCGAAGAGGAUAGGUCUGCGUCCACUGACAAGCAGCUUAUCCUAGGUGUAGACCAACCACAUCCUUUACCAGCACGGUCUUUCAGGCGUGCAACAGCUUUAACUACGUCUUCGCAGAUCCUCCUCUCACGCGGGGUCGCCGGCCUUGACCCUGAACAAGCAGAUUGUUUGGACUCCACUUCAGCCGCUCCACUGGUCACUAUCCUAGAAAACGCAUCUGUUCAUAUCCUCUACGUCGGACCUUCCUCUGCACCUGAAGUUACCCGAUUGAUUGGAGACUGUCCGACUCGCUUCGGAAUGGGUCCCUUGGAGCUGGACUCUGCUACGAAGCCUGGAGCUCUUGCUGCCUCAAACGACGUCAAUGCACCUCUCAGACCUAAAGCCUCUCCUCGUUCGACGCCCUCCAAUUCCGUCCGCAGCAGCUUUUCAUUCCAGGUUGCAUCCGAGCAAUCAGAGUCAGCCAUACCAUCAAGUGAAGAGGGGAGCCCCAUUAGAGGCCGCACGCUCGUUCGGGUCCCUGCGCAUGAACGCCUUGAGCCCCGAGCCAUGACUAGACCUCAAGCAGGUCCAAAUGUUGAUGAUCUUGACAUUACAAUGCGUCAGCGAUUUCUGAGCCGAGAUCUCUCCGAGGAACCCGAAGCCAUCGACGGCUGUUACAUGGAGCCCUUACCAUUUGAGAGGUUCCGUUUAUCUCUCUCGGAAGAGCUACACAAGGCCGCAACCUUCAGUAGCUCAAUCGACUUGACCAACUUCGGAGGUCAUCGCGAUACAUUCGCUGUACUUGGUCUUCGCCGCAAGCAAAACCGAGGGCCUGAGCUCCCGGCGACCUUCUUUCAGCGACUCUUGAACUACAUUCACUUCGAAGAAUACCUGGCUGUUCGCCUUUCAUCCCGCUGCUGGUCAGCCGGUAUCACUCUCGCUCGUCCUGUCGUCAUGCCGUCUGUCUACAAACUUCCUGCCGAAACUCUUGAGAGAGUCUACGUCUACCUCUCUCCUGUGGAUCUGAAUGCCGCCAGGCACACAUGUAGAGCUUGGAUGAUCGGCAGUCUGGAAGAGAGGCUGCUAACAAGGGUGCUGAAGGAGGGUGGCUGGUGGAGGGCCGGAAAGGCUGACAUGGAUGUGCGUGAAGAGUUGAACGGGCAUAGAACUGCCGACAGCAUCAAUGAGGAAUGGAUCUUAAGCAAGCGAUUGGCUACCGAGUGCUCUCUACGACCAGGUUGGACCGGCAACGGGCUCUCGGGAAAUCUGUGGUCAUCGUCGGGCAGACAAUCUAAUCAUACUGGUGUUGCCCUCACAUCCGAGACUGACUUUUCUGAACUGAGCACCGGCUAUAACCCUUCUCGUAUAGGAAACUGUCAACACGGAUCAGCGGUUCACUUUACAGUCAGCGUCUGCUGCAAAUUUCUUCUGGUUACUGAAGGCUGCCUGAUCUACAUCUACUCUCUGCGUGAUAAUACCUCGGGCCCGCACCCUCAUGGAGGCCAUCUUUCGCCUGUGACCACCGUCCUCUGCCCUCACCGCGUUCUGGCUGUAAGCAUGGACACGUCCGCUCAGCGCUUUGCCGUCGCAGCUCUCCUUGAGGGUCGGGUAGGCCUAGUCUGCGACCUCCACGAGAACACCCGGUUGCCAUCACAGAAACGAUCCAAUCCGCAGGUCUCGUCGGCUGUCACGCGUGACUGCAAGACCUCUAUCUACAGUUCUGUCUCCUCUGGUGAGCCUGGCGUUACCGAAGCUACUCCACCCAAUGAGCACGCUUCCUUUCGAGCAAGUCCCAAUGACCGUGCCUUGGCUCGAGCGAUUGCAGAAGCAAGUCACCCCGAAGUCCACGGCGCCCGCGACAUCCACACGUCUUGGAGAAUGGAUGACCCUCUUGUUUCGCCUGCGCCUGGACCUUCCCGACUCUCUCUUUCCUCCAACACGGGCUAUAUACCUCUCGAGACCGGUAUACGUUCCAUCUAUCGCAACCUCUGCUCCGCCGAAGACCCGCCUAGAAGCGUAGCAAUCUGCCCACAGCGCCGCUGCGUUGCCUUCGGCUGCUCCGCGGGAAUUGAACUUCACUGGAUUGAUGCACUGACGGGGCAGGAUCUUAAUCGCUGGUUCCCACUCACUGCGCCAAGCGACUUCUUGUACUUCCUUCCGCCCAGGCUGGCGGUGGAUUCGGCGAAGAAGCUAAGGCUGAUCAGCAGUGCUAGUCAUCCCGAGGAAAAGGAAGGACUUGGGGGCAGAUACUUUCCCGGUACGAGCACUAGUACCGCUAGACAUGAGGGUAUGACUUAUGAGGAAGGGUUGUCUGACCCUAGUAGUUGGGACAAUGCCUUCAGAGGUUCCGGAUGGUGCGAUCAUUAUCGCGCUGUGCCUAUUAGUGAUGGAUGGAAUGUCUUGUUCACUGAUCCCGUAGAAGGAAACCUGUGUUUGGGCACAGAUGCACCGCUUGGAUCCGGAGCUACGAAGCUUAUCAGGAGGUUCAUUUUCAAAGGACCAAGCGAACUUGGGGAGACUGUAGUGCCCAGAGUCUACGCAGCUGGUGGCGAGUUGCAGUGGGGUGUCAGAGUUGUGGUUGGGUAUGGCGAAGCUAUUUGGCUAUUUGUUGUGCCACCCGAUGCUUUCUUUGGUUAUCAAGACAAGACAGCUAAAGGGCAAGAUGGGCAAGAUGGGCAAGAUGGCCAAAAAGCUAACGCAAUUGGAGAGCCAAUGAGGAUCGAAGGCGUCAAGAUCGGUAACAUGCAGGGGCUCGUUGACGUUGCGGUCGAUGCAUCCGGUGGAAUCCUAACCAUCUGGACUUUCGCCGUCAACGGCAUGGCAUAUGUUUGGCAGAUUGCCGGCCGGCAACAGUCUGUGGAGAAAAGGAUCGUACUCAAAGACGGCGCGGUCACAGCCCUGGAAGACGCAGAUGGCGACACCUAUAUGUUCAACACCUCCAAGGCAGCCGUGCACUUUGAUGGCGCCGCACCGCUACGCCCGACGCGUACCGGCGCCACGUGCCUUCACCCUUCCUUGCAAUCAUCCAUCCACAAUUUCCUCCACGGCCUCCACGACCGUAUUAUCGACCGCGAUCGUGACAUCGACCAUGACGGCGACAUCAAAAUGCCCGAUGCUGACGCUGAGGAAGACGAGGGCUACGCUUCAGGUCACGACGAACUGGCGCAGGCCGGCGGUGCUUUUGCAAUCCAUGUCCCCCCGCUUUGGGGUAGAUGGAGUGAGGAGGAUGCGGAUUGGGUGCCUGAUUAUUUGGCGCAGAGGGGAGGGGAGAUUGAGGAUGAGGGGUUAGGCAUCGAUGUGUUGGAGUUGACGAGGUUGGAGGUUGAGAUCUUGAGUGGAUAG